GACACUGAGAGGAAUAUUUUAAUUAAUUUGAAUUUGUCAUGACCGAGGACGGCGAAGAAAUGGAUCAAAUGGUGGUGAUUGUGAUUUAAUCAAUUAACAAAAAAAAAAAUAAAUAAAUAAAUAUGGACUCCCUCCGUGGAGAAGUAAAGGAAGCACGUACACAGUGAGGCACAGAGUUGAAAGGAUAGAGAAGGAAAAUGGCAAUGGAGGUGGGGUUCUUGGGGCUGGGGAUAAUGGGGAAGGCCAUGGCCACCAAUCUGUUGCGCAACGGCUUUAAGGUCACGGUUUGGAACAGGACCCUCUCCAAGUGUGAUGAGCUUGUGGAACAUGGUGCUUCAAUUGGAGAAACCCCAGCAGCUGUAGCCAAGAAGUGCAAGUGUAUCAUUGCAAUGUUAUCCGAUCCUUCAGCUGCUCUUUCGGUGGUUUUCGAUAAAGAUGGUGUUCUUGAGGAAAUUUGCCACGGAAAAGGUUACAUUGACAUGUCAACAGUUGAUGCUGAUACUUCUUUAAAGAUCAGUGAGGCAAUUAUAUCAAAGGGUGGUCACUUCCUAGAAGCUCCUGUUUCAGGUAGCAAAAAGCCUGCCGAAGAUGGUCAACUGGUAAUCCUUGCUGCUGGGGAGAAGGCAUUGUAUGAAGAAGCGAUCCUAGCUUUUAAUGUCCUGGGGAAGAAAUCUUUCUUCUUAGGGCAGGUUGGAAAUGGAGCGAAGAUGAAACUUGUUGUCAACAUGAUAAUGGGCAGUAUGAUGAAUGCGUUUUCAGAGGGACUUGUACUGGCUGGCAACAGUGGACUUGACCCUCAUACUCUUCUUGAUGUAUUGGAUCUGGGUGCAAUUGCUAAUCCAAUGUUCAAGUUGAAGGGACCCACUAUGAUCCAGAGCAGUUACUCCCCUGCUUUUCCGCUGAAACAUCAGCAGAAGGACAUGAGGUUGGCUCUUGCCCUUGGUGAUGAAAAUGCUGUAUCAAUGCCGGUAGCAGCUGCAGCCAAUGAGGCUUUCAAGAAGGCCAGAAGCCUGGGGUUGGGGGACCUUGAUUUUUCCGCUGUUCAUGAGACUGUGAAGGAUCUUCAUUACCCAUCCUAAUACAAAUAGAAGCUUAAGCUGCUUGGGCCCAAUGGUGAACACAGAUUGCAUUGAUAAAUGUCUGCUUAAAUGAACAAUUGGUAUUACAGCCAUUGUUGUCAAGGUUUUAAUGUAAAUUUCGUGUUUCAAGGUGUGGUUUGUAGGACUUAUUAUUACCUUGGCCCCUUGAGAACAUUUUCUAAAGUGAAAGCAAAAGACAUCAUAUACAGUUGAAAAUGU